UCAGCCGUGUCAGAAUGCGUACCCGCGGUGCACAGAAGUCUGGCCAGUCAGCUCAGCCGCUGGAACUCCCUAUGGAAGAGACCAUGGCAGAUGUUGAUGAGGAGAAGGUUUACGCAGACCUAAGCGCCGUUUCGAACUACGAAGUGCUCGAAGAGAAUGGCGAUCAGGUGGUUAUCACGAAUGGGGCACAUCUGCCUGAAGUACACUACCAAGAAGACGAAGAAGAGAUGCUAGAGGAGGACGAAAUCUAUGACACGCAAGAAGAGGCUGAGCUUGACGACGAGCCGGAAUUAUCCUUCGAAGCAUCGGAUUUGCCGAAGAUCAUCAUCCGUCAAAAGGAAGCUGAUGCGAAGUCGAUGUCUAUUCGUUCGAAAACGCGCUCACCCCCGCUUAAGCGAGUCACGCGCGGAAAAAAAGGCAAACUUCCAAUAGAGGCUGUCGACGUACCGUCUGAUGAUGACGAAGACGAGGCAUGCUCUUCUGAAGACGAAUGGCAACCCCCGCAAGCAGACGAGUCUGACGCCAAGUGGGCUUUUGAGCAGGUGCGUUCAAUGGUCGACAAAGCGAUGACGAACGCCGCCGAGAAGUUACGAGGUGAAAUGGAAGAAGACCCGAAGCGGAAGUUCGGUACGCGUGUGCUAGCGAAGACGCGCGGUGUCAAACAAGUGGUAACUGUAGUGCGAGACAAAGUCAUCGAUAACCCUUCGGUCGGUCCCAAGGAUCUACGGACGGAUCGUGUGAUCCCAGAUUUCCUUGAGUUUCAUCGGUUUCGAACGAAAGGCUACGGAGUGUUAGCCAAGCUGCCUAUCGACGUCGGGGUACGCUUUGGGCCCUAUGCCGGUGUCAUUCGGAAAAUGAAGAGCGUCACAAGCGAAAGCGGUUACGCAUGGCAGCUUCGUGGCUUCAAAGAAGGCGAAACAGUCGUGGAUGGCUUCGACGUUAAGCACGCUAAUUGGCUUCGAUACGUGAACUGUUCGAACACCGCCGAGGAAGCCAACCUCCGCGUAUUUCAACAUGAGAAACGAAUCUACUACAAAACGUGCAAACCCAUUGUACCUGGCGACGAACUGCUUGUAUGGUACGGCAAAGAGUACCGCGAGGUGAUCGAUUCACAGAUCGAGAACAAGAAACGAAAACGCGAAGAAACGUUUGGCGCCGGCGUCGGCCAGAAGACCUGGAAGUGUCCACACUGUAUGUGUCGCAUGCUUGUCAAGGCCACCUUCGAUCGACAUGUGAAGAAGUGCGGCAAGAAUCCGAAUCUGCCGAAGACGCUGAAAUGUCCGAAAGCCGGUUGUGGCUUCUUCACGGUGCACAAGGAUGCCUACGAUAAGCACGUCAACAACCCAAAACAUUCAAACGUUGCCGUUCAUCGAUGCCGCUGGAAGUGCGGCUAUCGCACCUUUAACGAGCUACGUUACCGACUUCACCUCGAAAGGCGACACAAGAAUAUGGAAUUUCCUGACGCAUACGACGUCGAGUGUAAAGUAUGCGGCCAGCGCUUCCCCUCCAAGAACGCCAUGGACAUUCACUCACAAUGGCAUCGAAAGAAUCUGUUUUUCUGUAGCGUAUGUGGCAAGGGUUACACGACCAUCGGCAUUCUUAAGGAACACGCUCAGAUGCAUGAGGGAAAAAAUUACAAAUGUGAGUACGAGGGCUGCGGCUACGCCACGUAUUGUAAGCGAACAUUGAGUCGACACACGCGCUGCGUCCAUCUGAAGAUAAGGACCGCGUUUUGUGAUCUCUGCUCAAAGUCAUUCUUCUGUAAGAAAGAUCUCCGCCAGCAUCAAAACAAACUGCAUAAUGUCUUUAAGAUCGAAAAGAGCUUCAAGUGUCGGCCGCACAAGGUCUCCUACGCCACUGCUGAAGAGCUCAAAGCGCACGUUGCCGAGAUGUUCCCGUCGUUCAAGCCAAAACACAAGUACCAAUGUGAGCACUGCUGCUAUUCGACGGCGUACCCAUCAACAUUCAAAACUCACCAGGCGUGUCAUAGCGACGAGCGUAACUUUGCCUGCGACCAAUGCGACAAGACGUUCAAGCUACAGGUAUCUCUCAAAGAGCACCAAGCAUCGCAUGAAAGCGGCGAUCCAGAGCGUUUUAUGUGCGGCUUUUGCAAUAAAGCAUGCAAAUCGAAUACUGAACUACGGUCGCAUCGACGCCGCUGCAAAAUGCAGAAGAAAGGCCAAACGGGCAGCAGCGGUAACGGAAGCGCGGCAAAAUCGCCAGCAGGGCAUAGGCGCGGAAACGAGGAUUCACAGGAUGAGCCGGAUGAAGACGAUGAAGAAGAAUACGAAGAAGACUAUGACGAAGACGGAGAUGAUGAAACAGACAAGGAUUACAAAGCAUAAUCUGACUGUUCUGAGAAAGAGAUCCCUUUUAAUCCCGUAACAUAUGAUAUUAUAUAGGGAUAGAUAGGUAGGCGGGGUUGAGGAAAACGCCUGUCGUAAAUGCCUGAUUGUGUCUGGAUAAGCCGAAGAUGUCGAGAAAAACGGCCCGAUACAGAAAAGUUAUUAGCCCUAGGGAAAUUGUUAUACACUUUUCAACUGUAUCGAUACGAGCCUUUAGGUCGAUUUUUUAUACCGCCUUUUAGCCGCUGGUGACUUUUUUAUUUCUAUAUUUGCAUAUAUAAUUAUAUAUAUGACACUGCAAUUAUCCAAAUGACAAAAAAGAAAGAUGUCACCCGUUGCAAGAGGGUUUACCCGGACCAUGUUCAGUAUAUUCGGCAGACUUGUAUGUAUCGUGUGCGAAAAUUUGAUUUUAAUUGGAGCCCUACACAUAUAGGUAUAUUGUAGUUACCAUAGUGUAUGGGAACUUAUGUGAAUUUUAUUGUUGAUUAUUACGUUAACAGUGUUGUGUAUGAUGAACAAGUACAUACAAUUUGUGGUCAUAACUCGGAUAAAAUUUGUAGGUAAUUUAUUAUUUCAGAGCUAUGUAGCUAGUGUUAAAUCCAUUGUUACUAAAUUUUAGUAACAAUAUCCUAUCCUAUUCGUGUAUUGUAAGAAUUUGAGUAGGAUUUAUGAGAUCAUUGAGGUUAAGCAUGCUAAUUCGACACAGGAAGCAAGCUAGUACUCUGUAUAGGGAGCAGACCUUGUUGUAUCAAGCAAGAAUGAACUUUAUUGUUAUCAUUAUUAUUAUUAUGAUUAAAACACCGCGAAGCUUAACGAUAUAUCAUUAAUAUGGUUCCACUUGUGCGAGAGCUUGAAAGAACGCCAAACAGAGCAAACAUGAUUGAUUUAACUUGAUGUAAAGGUGCCAUUCACUGUAUUGCAUCGAAUCGAACGUUUUGUUUACUUUCGCUUACGGAUCAACAUACAUAUUCUCUUCUAAGGACAAUCUGUAAUAAAAAUAUAAUUACGAGAACAAAAACCAAAUUAUCAAACAACAAGCUUAUAGCGACUUGGGUAGGUAACAGGAAAUAGUAUUCAGCCAACUUUAUGUAAAGAUAACGUUCAUGUUGGUUUUAUGUCUCGUUUUCCAAGUUUUUUUCUUACAGUUCAUAAACAGAAACUGGAACUUAGGUGCUAAUUCUGUUAAUCAUUUAAUAACUAAAUAUACACAUGGUUUAUACUGAUAAUUUUUACAACAACAGCAGGUUAUACUCCAUUGAGAUCGAUACCUUUGACGUUCGUCAAUUAAAAAUCAAUAUUGCUCACCAAAAUGUGCUUAACAGUGAUUACGUUUGUCUGGAAGUCCUAUCAGAAUCGUAUCGUACACGGAACUAUUCUCGAAUGAUGCUAAACAAAAUACAUGUUAAGCGACCAUUAUAUGAUAAACAAAACUAACAAAGAUUUUCAUUCCUUUUGGUAGUUGGAAAAGCUUGCAUGGUCGUUUCUACUCGAGUGUUAAUGCUUCGCUAAUUCCGAAUAUUUGCAAAAGUUGUGACUAACACUUAGUACGGUUAUGAUUCUUAUUAAUUGCCAAUACACUACAUUGUAAGUACUCAUACCCGUCGAAUCACCUAAAACUAGAACAUUUACUACCCGAAUCAUCAUCACCAUCAUUUGUUUUUAUAGUAACAAAUAAAUUAUAAGAACGAAAAUAAAGUGAGUUACGGAAUUAAUCUUCGUGAAUUGCAGUAUAUCAUUAUAUCGUGCUGUGAUAUGUGUUGCCUUAAUACACAUAUAUGUGUGGUCCAUAUAUGGUAUUAGGCAAAGUAAUUCAAACGAUUUAGA